CCCGCGCGGGAGGGCCCCCCCGCCCCCCCGAGGGCCCAGCCUGGCGGCCGCUCGACCCAGCGCUCGGCCCGGGGGCUUCCUAGACCUCAGCUCUCCCGACGCGUCGCGGAGGAGCAACCCCUGCGCGCUUCGGGGCGCUCCCGUGUGGCCCGACCUGUGUCGCCGGUUCCAGAAGCGGGCGACGGGAACAAGAUGUGAACUGUUUUUCCUCCCCAGAAGAAGAGGCCCUUCCUUCCCCUCCCGCGAAGGCCAAUGUUCUGAAAAAGACUCUGGAUGGGAAUGGCUUGUCUCACAAUGACAGAAAUGGAGGCAUCCUCCACGUCUCCUGUGCAUCAGAAUGGUGAUAUUCCUGGAAAUGCUAACGCCGUGAAGCAGAUAGAUCCAGUCCUUCAGGUGUACCUGUACCAUUCUCUCGGGCAAGCUGAAGGAGACUAUCUGAAGUUUCCAAACGGGGAGUAUGUUGCAGAAGACAUUUGUGUGGCUGCUUCCAAAGCUUGCGGUAUUACUCCUGUGUAUCAUAACAUGUUUGCUUUAAUGAGUGAAACGGAAAGGAUCUGGUAUCCACCCAACCAUGUCUUCCACAUAGAUGAGUCAACCAGGCACAACAUACUCUACAGAAUAAGGUUUUACUUUCCUCAGUGGUAUUGCAGUGGCAGCAACAGAACCUAUAGAUACGGAGUGUCUCGUGGGGCUGAAGCUCCUCUUCUUGAUGACUUUGUCAUGUCUUACCUUUUUGCUCAGUGGCGGCAUGAUUUUGUACAUGGAUGGAUAAAAGUACCCGUGACUCAUGAAACUCAGGAAGAGUGUCUUGGGAUGGCAGUGCUGGAUAUGAUGAGAAUAGCCAAAGAAAAGGACCAGACUCCACUGGCCGUCUACAACUCCAUCAGCUACAAGACAUUCUUACCAAAGUGCGUUCGAGCAAAGAUCCAAGACUAUCAUAUUUUAACACGGAAGCGAAUAAGGUACAGAUUUCGCAGAUUCAUUCAGCAGUUCAGCCAAUGCAAAGCCACUGCCAGAAACCUGAAACUUAAGUAUCUUAUAAACCUGGAAACCCUGCAGUCUGCCUUCUACACAGAGCAAUUUGAAGUAAAAGAAUCUGCAAGAGGUUCUUCAGGUGAGGAGAUUUUUGCAACCAUUAUAAUAACUGGAAACGGUGGAAUUCAGUGGUCAAGAGGGAAACAUAAGGACAGUGAGACACUGACAGAACAGGAUUUACAGUUAUAUUGCGAUUUUCCUGAUAUUAUUGAUAUCAGUAUUAAGCAAGCAAACCAGGAAUGCUCAAAUGAAAGUAGAAUUGUAACUAUCCAUAAACAGGAUGGUAAAAUUUUGGAAAUAGAACUUAGCUCAUUAAAAGAAGCCUUGUCAUUUGUGUCAUUAAUUGAUGGGUACUACAGACUAACUGCGGAUGCACACCAUUACCUCUGUAAAGAGGUCGCACCUCCUGCCGUGCUCGAAAACAUCCACAGCAACUGCCAUGGCCCAAUUUCAAUGGAUUUUGCCAUUAGUAAACUAAAGAAGGCAGGUAACCAGACUGGACUAUAUGUGCUUCGAUGUAGCCCUAAGGACUUUAACAAAUACUUUCUGACCUUUGCUGUUGAGCGAGACAAUGUCAUUGAAUAUAAACACUGUUUGAUUACGAAGAAUGAGAGUGGAGAGUACAACCUCAGUGGGACGAAGAGGAACUUCAGUAACCUUAAGGACCUUCUGACCUGCUACCAGAUGGAAACUGUGCGCUCAGACAGUAUUGUCUUCCAGUUUACCAAAUGCUGCCCCCCAAGGCCAAAAGAUAAAUCGAACCUUCUCAUCUUCAGAACAAAUGGUAUUUCUGAUGUUCAGAUCUCACCAACAUUACAGAGACAUAAUAAUGUGAACCAAAUGGUGUUUCACAAAAUCAGGAAUGAAGAUUUGAUAUUUAAUGAAAGUCUUGGCCAAGGCACUUUUACAAAAAUUUUUAAAGGUGUAAGAAGAGAAGUUGGAGACUAUGGCCAACUGCAUGAAACAGAAGUUCUUUUGAAAGUUCUGGAUAAAGCACAUAGAAACUAUUCCGAGUCUUUCUUUGAAGCAGCAAGCAUGAUGAGUCAGCUUUCUCACAAGCAUUUGGUUUUGAAUUACGGAGUAUGUGUCUGUGGAGAGGAGAACAUUCUGGUUCAAGAGUUCGUAAAAUUUGGAUCACUAGAUACAUACCUGAAAAAAAACAAAAACUCUAUAAAUAUAUUAUGGAAACUUGGAGUGGCUAAGCAGUUAGCAUGGGCCAUGCAUUUUCUAGAAGAAAAAUCCCUUAUUCAUGGGAAUGUGUGUGCCAAAAAUAUCCUGCUUAUCAGAGAAGAAGACAGGAAAACAGGGAAUCCACCUUUCAUCAAACUUAGCGAUCCUGGCAUUAGCAUUACAGUUCUGCCAAAGGACAUUCUUCAGGAGAGAAUACCGUGGGUACCACCUGAAUGCAUUGAAAAUCCUAAAAAUCUAAAUUUGGCAACAGACAAAUGGAGUUUUGGUACCACUCUGUGGGAGAUAUGCAGUGGAGGAGAUAAGCCUCUGAGUGCCCUGGAUUCUCAAAGAAAGCUGCAGUUUUAUGAAGACAAGCAUCAGCUUCCUGCACCUAAGUGGACAGAAUUAGCAAACCUUAUAAAUAAUUGCAUGGAUUAUGAGCCAGAUUUCAGGCCUGCCUUCAGAGCCAUCAUCCGUGAUCUUAACAGCCUGUUUACUCCAGAUUAUGAGCUACUCACAGAAAACGACAUGCUACCAAACAUGAGGAUAGGCGCCCUGGGAUUUUCUGGUGCUUUUGAAGACAGGGACCCUACACAAUUUGAAGAGAGGCACUUGAAAUUUCUACAGCAACUUGGCAAGGGUAAUUUCGGGAGUGUGGAGAUGUGUCGCUAUGACCCGCUGCAGGACAACACUGGGGAGGUGGUGGCUGUUAAAAAGCUACAGCACAGCACGGAAGAGCAUCUCCGGGACUUUGAAAGGGAAAUUGAAAUCCUGAAAUCUUUGCAGCAUGACAACAUUGUAAAGUACAAGGGCGUGUGCUACAGUGCUGGUCGGCGCAACCUAAGAUUAAUUAUGGAAUAUUUGCCAUAUGGAAGUUUACGAGACUAUCUCCAAAAACAUAAAGAACGGAUAGACCACAAAAAACUUCUGCAGUAUACAUCUCAGAUAUGCAAGGGCAUGGAGUAUCUUGGGACAAAAAGGUAUAUCCACAGGGAUCUGGCAACAAGGAAUAUAUUGGUGGAAAACGAGAACAGAGUUAAAAUAGGAGACUUUGGAUUAACCAAAGUCUUGCCACAGGACAAAGAAUACUACAAAGUAAAAGAACCAGGUGAAAGUCCCAUAUUCUGGUAUGCUCCCGAAUCCUUGACAGAGAGCAAAUUUUCUGUGGCCUCAGAUGUGUGGAGCUUUGGCGUGGUUCUGUAUGAACUUUUCACAUAUAUUGAGAAGAGUAAAAGUCCACCAGUGGAAUUUAUGAGAAUGAUUGGCAACGAUAAACAAGGGCAAAUGAUUGUGUUCCAUUUGAUAGAGCUUCUGAAGAGCAACGGGAGAUUGCCAAGGCCGGAGGGGUGCCCGGACGAGAUUUAUAUGAUCAUGACAGAGUGCUGGAACAACAAUGUAAGUCAGCGCCCCUCGUUCAGAGAUCUUUCACUUCGGGUGGAUCAGAUCCGGGACAGUAUGGCUACAUGAAACAGAUGACCGCACUCAGAGACCAAGGAGACUCCAGAACCAGAACAAAGCUCUGAGGCCACGUUGCUGCGGCUCUGUCCACACAUCCUUAUCACGAUGCCAGCCAGAAG